GAAAACGAAAAAAAAAAAAAAAAGAAACCUUUUAUGGACGAUUGGGGAGGAUUGGCUCCAGAGAUACUCACCAACAUCAUCUCACGGCUCACGAUCCAGGAGCGAUGGACAGGACCGAUGUUCGUACGAAAAUCGUGGCUUGCCGUUUGCAGAGAUCCGUAUCUCUGGUCUUCCUUCGAUCUGGAGCCAUGGUUCGAGUCGUAUCCCGAGUCGACUCAGUGGUGGUCUCCUGAUUUCGAACGGAAGAUUGGCUCGAUGCUCCGAUCAGUCGUUGAUUGGAGCGACGGAGGUCUCACCGAGAUCCGCGUCCGCCAUUGCAGCGAUCACGCUCUCUCUUACGCUGCUGAAAGAUGUCCGGAUCUCGAGGCUGUCGCGGUUAGAAGCAGCCCUCACGUGACGGACGCAUCUAUGGCGAAGGUAGCGUUUCGUUGCAGGAGUCUAAAGGAGCUAGAUAUCAGUUACUGUCACGAGAUAUCCCACGACGCUCUUGUGAUGAUCGGUAGAAACUGUCCUAACCUCACGACGCUGAAACGCAACCUUAUGGAUUGGUCUGAUUCGUCUCGGCAAAUCGGCUCUGUUGUUCCUACAGAGUAUUUAGACGCUUGUCCUCAAGACGGAGACACGGAAGCUGAGGCGAUCGGGAAACAUAUGAUGAAUCUAGAGCGUUUGGAGAUUCGGUUCUCUAGAUUGUCUGCGAAAGGACUCGCUUGCGUAUGUGAGGGGUGUCCGAAGCUAGAGUACUUGGACUUGUUUGGGUGUGUGCAUUUGUCAAGCCGUGAUAUUGCAAACAAUGUGUCAAGGCUGAAGGGGAUUAAGGAGGUGAAGAAGCCAGAUGUUUAUGUGCCGAGGUCAGAGCCUGUGGUGGCUCAGACGGAGAGAUACGGACAUUGGAGACUCUAUGACGAGAGAUUUGAUAUACAAUCCAUGAGGAUCUGAGUUUCAUACACUUAAGUAAUGUUCUGUAAUAAAGGCAACCAAUAGGUUGUUGUUAGUGUGUGUUAUAACAUGUGCAAAAGGCAAUGAAUCAAAUAUUUUCGUUGGUUU